AUGGAACAAGAUGAAGAAUGGUUUGAAACUAUACCUUUACCGAAUUCAUAUAUUGUUCGUCCAAGAACAACACUUCAAUCUCCAUUAUAUCCAAUAAAUAAGAUACGAGAUGAUAUUUGUAUUAAAGAUAGUCCUUUAACAGGAUUAGAUUAUUUAUAUAAUAUACGAAAUUAUAUAUGGAAUCGAGAAACAAAUCGUUUUUGUGGACGUGAUGGUCUUGAUUGGGCAAAACUUGGUUGUUAUUAUUCUUGUUUUUUAUUUAUAUUAGGUGUUAUAUCGUCAAGUUUUGUCAUUGUUUAUAUUUUAUUACUUGAUAAAAAAACACCAAGAAGAUUGGGCAAUGAAAGUGCAUUAGCAUUUGAUAAUGGCAUUAAUCCAGGUCUUGGUUUUCGACCACAAUUGUAUAUGGAUCGUACUCUUUUACAAUGGCGUACUUCUCGUAAAACUGGUCAUCAAUCAGUAGCAGAAAUGGUUGAUAAUGUACAUCAAUGGGGUUCAACUUUUGGUCUUGUAGAUACACAUCAUCAACAACAGAUUGAUUGUUCAGCAAUAAAACCUGAAUUAUUAAUAAAUUAUUUUCGUCAAGGUCUUUCAUGUAUAUUUUUAACAACUGAUGUUAAACCAGGUCCAAAUCCAUGUUCGAAACCAAAAAAUUAUGGUUAUAAUAAAGGUCGUCCAUGUGUUGCUCUUAAAAUAAAUCGUGUAUUUGGUUGGAUACCAGAACCUUAUCAAUCGAAAGAUGAAGUACCUCUUGAAAUUCGUCAUUUAUGGCAACCGAUUAUGAAGAAUUUUGUUUUAAUUAAAUGCUUCGGACAAUAUCCAACCGAUCAAGAUCUUAUUUAUCAAGUCGAUCAUAUAUCAAUAUUAGGUAAUAAAGCUAUUGGUGGUAUACCAACAUAUUAUUUUCCAUUUUUAAAUCAACCCGGUUAUCGUCAACCAUUUGUUUGGGCACAAUUUGUUAAAGUUGAAUCAAAUGUUUUAUUGAAUAUAAUAUGUCGUGCUUAUGCAAAGAAUAUUCGGCAAAGUACUAACAUUGAAGAUAUGACUGGUGCUGUACAUUUUGAAAUAUUUUUUCAAUAG